GCAUGCGCAAUAAAAAAAUUGCACAGCCCCGAAAAUGUCGGCUGGCUAAAGAAUAAUACGUCGAUUAGUUAUCAAAAAAAUAUAUAAUAUCUAUUGGUUAAUAAUAAAUGCACUAUUUUAAAAUAAUAAAUUCAAAUAAAGUGAAUAAUAUUAUAUUUAUAUAAAUAAUAAUUCAAAUAAUUAACAGUAAGAAUUAAGAGUAAUUAUAAUAAUAUAUCGCGCGGCUUUCACGCGCAAUCGUGCUCCAGAUAACCGGCCGUAAGAGGCCUUAUGUCAAUCCCCGUACGAUAUCGGUCAGAUUGACCAAGUGCCAACAUGAAGAAGCUUUUUUCAAAAAUUGACAACACGUCUAAAGAACCCAAUAGUUAUUUGGGAAAAGUAUUUGUUGUGAGUCGACAUACAGUCACCGUUGAGGAAGUCCUUGCAGAAGGAGGAUUUGCCAUAGUAUUUUUGGUUAAGUCAUCAAAUGGUAGAUAUGCUCUUAAACGCAUGUAUGUCAAUAAUGACAAUGAUCUCAAUGUAUGUAAAAGAGAAAUACAAAUUGCAAGCAAUUUGAGUGGACAUAAAAAUAUUAUAGGAUAUGUAGAUAGUAGUAUUACUCAUAUAGGAGGUGGAGUCCAUGAACUCUUACUUCUUAUGCCCUAUUGUAAAUCACAAGUCCUUCAAAUGAUGAAUAAUAGGUUACAAACGGGUUUUAGUGAAUCUGAAGUGCUACAAAUAUUUUGCGAUGUUUGUGAAGCGGUAUCGCGAUUGCAUCAUUGUCAAACGCCAAUUAUCCAUAGGGACCUGAAGGUGGAAAAUAUAUUACUCGCUGACUCAGGACACUAUGUGUUAUGUGAUUUCGGAUCGGCUACGGGAAAAAUAUUAAAUCCAAGUGUCCAAGGUGCAGCAAUUGUAGAAGAAGAAAUAAAAAAAUAUACAACCUUGAGUUAUAGAGCGCCAGAAAUGGUUGAUAUGUAUUGUGGAAAACCUAUAACUACUAAAGCUGAUAUUUGGGCAUUAGGAUGUUUAUUGUAUAAAUUGUGUUUCUUUACUUUACCUUUUGGAGAAAGUACGCUUGCAAUUCAAUCAGGAAACUUUACUAUUCCCGAUAAUUCUAGAUAUAGUAAAUCAUUACAUAAUUUAAUAAGAUAUAUGCUAGAACCUGAUCCAGAUUUACGACCUGAUAUUUUUCAAGUAUCGUCCAUAGCUUUUCAAAUCCAAGGCAAAGAAUGUCCCGUACAAAAUUUAUAUAAAGUUGGUACACCGACCAUUGAUGCUUUACCUACUGCACCAAUAGAAUCUGAGAGUAUAAAACGAUCAGCAUCGAUAAAAAUUUCAAAACCAACGCCAGUAACAACGACAGUUGAAGGUACUUCUGUGACACCAAGACAAAGGCCAAAAGGUCAAGGAGUCGGUACAGGUCCAAUAAGUUUAACCGGUCAGAUUGUUAGUCAAAUAUCUGGUCAAGGGAAUCAAAUGCAACAGCAGAGUGGUACUUCAGUGUCUUAUGUACAAGUUAAUCAAUCGGCAACAGUUAAUACCUCACAACAACAGUAUAUAGCUCAGGGUGUACAAAUUGUACCAACAAUGCCGACAAACCAACCACCACAACCUUUACAACUAUCAAUGCAGUCGUCUUUCGCUCAAGUCUCACCACAUAUUACUUCUCCAAGUCAAAGUGUUUCCUCUUUUGUUCCCAGUCAAACUUCUCCAUUCAAUCAGUCUCAGAGCCCUCUAGUAGCUGGACAUACGGCUCAACUUACCCAACAAUCGCCUGUUACAGUUCAAGACAAAACUGCAUAUUAUUUUGAUGUAAGACAACAUGAAAUAAGAGCAGGUGUUGCUGAUGAACAUUUAGAAGCUUUAUUUCCACCUUCUGGAUAUCCUGACCCAUUUAUAGACGACGCACGAUCGAUGCCACCUCCAGCUUUAGUUGCUUCUAAAUCAGGAUCAACAAAAGUUCUUCCAAAACUUACGACUCCGACUAACAGUGGAUCGUCAUCAAUGUUUGUUUCACCAACUCAAUUACCACAGAAAAUAAAUACUCCGUUGUCACAAAAUAAAGCAACACCGUCUUUCACACCACAUGCUGUUUCAAAGCCAUCUAAUAAAUCGGAAAGUUUGAGUCAAAAUAUAAGUGCUAAUACUUCACCGCCAGAUAGCCCGACAAUGUCAUCAUCAAGACAUCGAAGAAACGUUAGUGAUACUAGUGCUUUUAACAAAGUGUUUGCUAAUGAGACAUCCCAAUUCUUAGCGCCAUAUGAUGCUUCAGUAAGACCACAUUCAGAAGAAGAUACAUUACCAGAUAUUAAAACGGAAGGGAGGCCGUGCAUCGGCACGAGUGCCUCACAUGGUGAACUAUCGAGUGUGUCAAGUGUAGAAGGCCGUUCACUGAGCGCCGAUGUAUCAACUUGGAAUCCUUUUGAAGAUACACAGCCAUUUAAUCAAUUAACAGAAGAUCACAUUUUUGGCGCUGAAUUUGAUAAAAUUAGACGGGGUAGUAACAGCAGUAUUGGUGGCGUUAAAAGUCGUGAAAGUUUAGUUAUGUCUUAUUCAGAAGUACCAGAGGAUCCAUUUGAAUCAGCUCCUUUUUCAUUGCCUGCGGGUAAAAAAUCAAAACUUGGAUCCAAGACGGCUGCAAUCGCUGGAGGAACGGAUGUAAGAAGCGGAAAAUUAGCAACAGUCCACUGGAGUCCUGAUACAGAACCAGCAGCGGCUGAUGAUGAGGCAUCGCUGUUAAAAAAAUCUAGUCCAAUUUCACCCCAAUUUGUGCGUGUACCCGUUGAAGAUCGAUCUAAAUAUGAAAAGCUCGCUUUCAAUGCCGAUGACGUGUCAAGUGAUAGUGAUAAAGCAAUAGCACAAAGAAACCAAGAGCGUAUGAAGAAAAAACGUCGGCGUGUAAAAGCUGUUUUAAGUAGACGAAAAAAAGAAGUUUCGUCGCAAGAAUCAGGUCAAGCACCUGUGGAGUAUGAGUCCGAUGAUUCAAUAGGAUCAGCAAGUGAUCUUAAGGCAAUGAAUGAUGAGGAUGGUAAUGAUCCAGAUGAUGAUCAUGAUGAUAACGACGAUGAUGAACGUGAAAAAAUAGAUGAAACUAUUUCCGAAAGUGUUCGUACAUGUGGCAGCUCAGCUUAUCAUGCUGAAUGUGAAUCUGUGGCUACUCAUGAAGAUGAUCAUAGAAUUAAAAAAUCAAGAAGACAUCGAGAACAACAUCAAACAUUACCAACCAUUCAUGCUGAUCCAAUAGUAGGUCAUCAGUAUGGUGAAAAACCACUUUUACUUGACGAUGAACUAGAUCCUGAAGCUAAACCUGAACAACUACAUGGAGAUCCUUUUGUUGGGCAUCAGUAUAGUUCAAAGCCACAUUUAUUUGACAAUGGCAGCUCUUCCGAUGAAAUUAAUAAGACUAAUAUUAUUAAAAAUGGUAUUUUUAAAGCUGAUGAGGAUGUUUUUGCUUUAGCACCUUUUCCAAGACCAACAAGUUCACGUAAAAGUAGUGAUAGUAAAGAAAAUACAAAUAAACUAAUCGUAUCAACUAAUAGUAUACCCAAUACACCACCAGAUACAAAUUUAAUAUCUCCAAUUACUGAUUCACCAGCACCAGUUGUUUCUGGUACUUUAGUUGAUAUUGACGACAGUACGGAUUCCAAUGUUGCACUAAAAACUCCUGGUUUAUUAUCAAAUGUACCCCUAGAAAGUUGGAAUAAUUAUGAAAAUGAUAAUUUUAUGAGUUCACAACCUGUUAAAUUUUCAACAAAUGUAAUUAAAGAAGACAAAGAUCUUUUUGGGUCAUUGCCAUUUACAAAUCCAUUUACUAAACUUGGUAAUUACCAAACAGAGACUGACACGACGUCUUUACCUUGUCAAACUAAUUUAUACUCCAACUAUAGUGUUAAUAGAGUACCUCAAAAUAAAUAUAAAAAUAAUAAUAAAGUUAAUACAAAUACUAUUGCAGAUAAUAAUUUUGGACAAGUUACAGUCAAUACAACUAAUGUAACAAUUAAUAAUUCAACACAUAAAGAUCUUUUUGGAUCAAUUCCUUUCGAUGAAUUUGCUACUUUGACUAUUAAUAAUCAACCUCAACAACAACGACCUACAUCAUUGCCACUAUCACAAUCACCAUCAUUUGUAGACAAUGCACUCAGUACUAUUUUAUCAACUAGUGCGCAGUCAACAAAUUCCAGUCAAUUUUCUUCAUCUGUGAUGAAUAUACAGCAGCAGCAACCUCAAUCGGUUUAUGUUAUACAACCGGAAGUGCAACAAACAGCGAGAAUAAUUGUUAAUGCAACAAACAGUGUAUCGAUAUCAAAUAUUUCACCAGAUAUUUUGUCGCCGAUGUCACCUGAACCCCUAGUCGUUACCGACCAUUCGUUGAAAUUAAAAAAAGACAAGGCCAAAUCAUCAGAUAAAUCAAAGUAUCAUCUUAUUAGUGAAAAUCGUAGUGAUACAAUAAAUGUACUAUCUAUUAAAGCACCGCAAAAAUCUAAAGGUGUUACUUAUAAAAAAACCCCCAAGUCCAAAAAAAGCGCUGCAGUUACUGCUGGAUUCAGUAAUAUGAGCUUUGAAGACUUUCCAAGUGAUGAAAAUGAUGAUAAAACAGUAAGUGGAGCUGCUGUAACGCCUUUUGAAGUUAGACGUGAACCAGAAAAACGCUUUGGAUCACUUAAACGAAGAAGCAAUCCAUUUACUUGAGAAAUCACCAAUGAGUUGUAUUUAAAUUACGUUAAUUGUAAGUCAUUAUAUUAUUUUUAAUUCUUUAUUUAUUUAUAAUAUUAUUUUUUAUUUUUAUGUAAUUUAAUAUCGAUACUUUAAAUGCUUUCAAUCGUAAUCCACAUGUCAAUAACUUGACUUCAUACACAAAUUCAAUUUAUAGUAUUUUUAAAAUAAUAGUAUAUUACAUACCUAGGCCAGUAAAAUAAGAAAAGUCUCAGAGCAUAUGUAAUUGUUGGCCGAGGCGAAGCCGAGGCUGACAAACAUGUGGUCUGAGGCUUUCUUUUUUACUGACCAAGGUGUGUAUACGAUUUUUCUGCUCGACGAAGCCGGAAAGUUGCAACUUCGUUUAGGGCAGCGGUCCGAAAGUUGCCACUUUCCGGCCGGAGGGCAGAAAAAGUUAAAGUUUUAUUAACUAUCAGUAUUUUAUUAAAAUUCAUUAACAAAUAAUUGCAUUUGCUGUACUAUAAAAUGCGGGUUCCGUAACACAAUAUCCAACGACAAAAUAACCGAGGACAAAAUAAUCGAAUGACAAAAUAACCAACUGACAAAAUAACCGCCCUUUUAUCAUGGUUUUUGUGUGUUUUGUCGUAGGUUAUUUUGUCGCGGAUAUUUAGUAGUGACACCUAAAAUGCAUUUUGACUUUACUUAAAAGAUGCUAUUAUUCAUCAUUAAUUACAUUAUACAAUAUAUUUUAAUGCACUUUUUAUAUCCACUUAGGGUAGAAGUACCAUUUGUGGCCACUGCUCUAUUUUUGGACAUUUAAUACUUUAUUUUAAUUAAUGAAGAAGUAUUUUAAAAAAACUUGCAUUGUAAUCGUGUGAUAAAAGUAUCUACGAACACAUUUAAAAAACUGGCCCUAAAAUGGCCAAAAACGGUACCUGUAUUCUAUAUGAUACUUAUUCUUUUUGGUUCGGCAGCUUAUUAUAUUUUCCGUCUAUUGAUUUUUAAUAAUUGCUAGUGUAUUUUAGGUAGAGGAAUUUAUCCGUCAUAUUUGACAGGAAAUAACUUAAAUUAUACUUUCCACUAAUUAAUUGUGUUUUACUAUAUAAUUAUUAAAUUAAUAACAUAAUAAAUUAUCAGUAUCGGUUGUUUCGUUAAUGAUGAAGACAUUAAUUUUAAGACUAAUUUUUUGAUCUUGAUGACUGAGACAAAAGCUAUUUUGAAUCAAUGUCCACUUGCCAUUUUCCAUAUCAUUUUAUUUAGAAUUGCAUUUAUAUCUACACAUCUAAACAGGCGUUCUUACUUUUUUUUCUCUUACAUUUUAAAUAGGAAAAUCAGAAAUUUUGGUCGAGUUUUUUUCUUAAACAAACGAAUAUUAUCAAAAAAUUAAAGCGUACUUCGCCAGAUUAGACAGUAGUGCAUCAAUGUGCAGUCUAUAGUUUGUAUUUAGUUUUUGUCUCCUAGAAAAACUCAGCCGAAAAUAUCUGAUAACCCUGUUGUUUAAUUUAGUCUUGAGAAAAAUUUUCACAAUGAAUAUCAGUCUGUAUUAAUCUAAUCUCAUAGUUAACACCAUGACUUGAUAAUAAUUUUAUAAUUCUUUCUUUUUUAUAUUUGUUAAUUAACUUUUGACACUGCGAUCAAUUCAAAGUUUCAAACUUUAUAUACUAUUUGAUUUUUUUUUUUUAUCUAAUACAUUCAGCAUUCCUUUUUUUAUAAUUUUACAUUUUGAAAAUAUUUAUUUAUAACUUUUUUACCUAUUUAUCUAUAGCUUCUAAUCUUGCACCUCUAUAAUUUUGAUAUUCAUUAAUAAUUUUCUACAACUCGUAACCUAAUCAUUUCAUUUCGCAAAACAAGUUUAUUAUUAUUUUUAAUUAAACAACCCUUAGAAAAAUACUAAGGUUAUACAAAUGUUCUGCAUGAGAAUUUCCAUAUUUGGGACAAUUUAAAACUUUUGAACAUUCAAGAUUAGAAACACCGAUCGAUUAAAAAUUUUCUAAACGUCCCAUAAAAAAAAUUGUCAAAAAUGUGUUGACUAUUCUAAACUUAAAAUGUGAUACAACCAUGAACUUUUUUUGAACUUUUAAAAGUUUGAAGGAAAAAUCAAUGAUUGACUUAAUACUAUUAAGUUAUGGUAAAAAAAAAAAAAGAAACGUUUCGAAACAGUUAAAAAUCAACUUUUUCAGGACGUAUUCUGCACUGAAAAAAGUUUACAAAAGUAUAAAGACGUUAAUUUAUAGUAUUAAGUCCAGUGUUUUUUUUUUUUUUGUAUUUUCAGAAGUUUAAAAAUUGUUUAUAAAAAGUUUGUCGUAUCACGUUUUGAAGUUUCUAAUAGUCAACGAUUUUUACACGGGAAUUUUUUACACGAGAAUUGUCUAGUGAUGUUUGAAAAAAGUUAACUUGAACAUUUUUCACUUAGUGAAAAAUUUUAAAUUAACUUUUCUGCUCUGAAACAUGUUAGAAUAAAUCUUGUGAAAACACCAACAAAAAAGUUUGAAAUGAAUUUUUUAAAAUUUGGAAGUUACUCAAGUGCAACAUUUUUGAAAAAUGGUCUUAUUUU